UGAAUGUAAUCAAGUAUCUAGCGUAAUUACAACAAAUUAUUAUUUUGUUAAAGUUUUCAAUAAAUUUUUACAAUUCUACGUACAAAUAUUUGUUUUGUGUAACAGUGUAUUCAUGUACAGAUUAUUAUAUGUGAAAUAAGAGAGCUGCGUGUUGAUUUUGUGUCGUCUAUCAGUUUUUCUUUUAGGCAUCAAAAAUGGCUAAAUCGCAAAUAAAUACUAAAUCCCGGCAUUAUAUUCGUGACAAAGAAUCAUUCCUGAAAGAAUUGAGGCAGUUUAACGAGUCUAAAAACAUACCAUGGAAGCCGCCAAUUAUAAAUGGUAUAGAAAUUGAUUUGUAUCAUUUUUAUUCCCUUGUGCAACAACGGGGUGGAUUGAGUAAGGUAAAUCAAAAUGAUACUUGGGAGACAUUUCUACGACCACUGAGACUGCCGCACCCCUGUGUAAAUGGAUCUACAUUACUUAGGAGGAUUUAUGCUAUGCAUUUGGAGAAAUAUGAAAGAGCCAAAGGACCACCCGGCCGGGACGAUGACAAUGACCUCGACGAGGACCCCAGGAGGGGCUCCCGCGGUGGCGGAAUGCCGCGAAUAUCAUUCGGUGGUGGUAUUUACAUUUCAGCUACAGGAGAAACCCUCCGCACCGGUACUCGGAUUGCUGGGCCUUCAGAGAGGCUUGCCCUCUCAUUGUUGUCUCCGAUGCCCAAUGAACAAGAUUUCGCUGUCAAUGUGUGCACGGUCUUAGCUGCGGACCAUUCUAAUAGACUGCCGUUGGCUACUACACCACAUAUUUUGGACUUCCUGCUCGCCCAUGCUGGAGUUUAUAAUCAUGCUAGUCUUCGCGACACAAUAGGCCGUUCGUAUUUCGAGGCCCGGGGUCGUUACCCAGACGAGUUCUGGAAGAUGAGAGCCGGUGGUGGAGGGGCUAAGGAACUGGCUGACGAGACCAAGUUCAUACAAGUUGGUGUGGAACAGCCAGAGCUGAUGGUUCAGGCGUUGGCCGCUCAUAACGCGUUGACGGACUGUCUGAUGCAAGGCGGGGAAGAAGACGAUGUCAUUGAGAAGAUUAUGGAGGAGCACCCGGACAUCCUCGAGGACUGGGUGACGGAGCCGUCGGACGAGUCGCAGCUGUUCGCGCCGGAGCUGCCGGGCGGCGCCGCCUGCCUCUACACGCAGCGGGUGCUCCAGGUCGCCUCCAUAGUGCGCUCUCUGUCUUUCCACGAGGACAACGUCCAGUAUCUGGCGAAGAACACUACUCUCAUCAGGUUCCUUUUGCUAUGCGCAAACUGCUGGGUGGGAUCCCUCCGACAAUCCGGCCUCGACACGCUCGGGAAUGUGGCCACGGAACUUGUUAUAAAGGACCCAGCCACAUGUCUAAUAUCCCGACACGUGUUAUCCACGAUCCAAUGCGCGUUAGUAUCGGUGGACCGCGCACGCGUACUGGCCGCAUUGGAACUUCUGAACAAGUUGGCGCAAAACGAAGCUAACGAGGACGCUUUGAUUAAAUCUACCGAGGCUAAGGUUUACAGCGACGUAUGUUCCCUAUUGACCCUCCGCGAUAUAAUGGUGUUGGUGUGCACACUAGAAUGCAUAUACGCUCUCACUUCGCUGGGAGGGUACUCCAGCGAAGCGGUGGCCAGGGUGCCGGGGCUGGUGCACACUCUUGUAUCUCUGCUCACUGUCGAGGCUCAGAGCUACGGACCUAGGGCUUGCAUUCUGAUGCGAGUGGUGGAGACCGUGAGCGGGCCCAGCGCCCUGGCCGAGCGCGAGGCUCAGGACAGGCAGCAGCAACAACAGCAACAGCAACAACAACAACAACAACAGCAAGUACAACCAACUCCAACACCGAAACCAACAGUGGACCAACAGCAGCCCCAACAAACCAGCGCCCCCCCUAAUGUGACAGUGACAGGUUCUCCGAUGACCAGCAUACAGCAGUCUCAUAUGCAGCAGAAGACGAUACAAGAAAACGAGCACUUCGCCCAAGCGUGGCUCCGCUCCUCGUACGAGCCUUUGCCCCCCGCCGACAACAGCGCGUGCGACGCGGCCGAGCUGUACCGCCAGUACGUGGCGUGCUGCGGCAAGCUGGGCCGCAAGGGGGUCAUCGCGCCGCAGCACUUCCCCAGGCUUGUCAGAACUGUAUUCGGCGGUACGGUAGGCCCUAAUACUGUGACUCUGUCUUCGGGGGAAACUCAGCAAGCAUACAUCGGCAUCAGGUCGAGGAAUGUGCAGAACAGAACUAACCCACCUGCAGGUCCUUCAUCGCCGAUACUGAAAGCGCAGCUGACGAAUAAAACGCCAACGGGUGAAGUGAAACCUGCUGUGACGCAGGCGCAGCCAACAAGUCAGCCGGCGGCCCCCCACCCCCACUUGUCCCAAGCGCUGGAAUCGAACCCGUCCAACACGACGCUGAUCAAGCACUUGCUCGCUCACAAAGUAAGCCCCGGCCUGCAGACGCAAGUGGCUCAAAGGCAACAAAACCAACAGAGAGUUGGUCCAAGCACUACGGUCAUACAAUCAAGCCAGGGAAUGGAUGUGGAUCCAGAGGCUCUCAUCAAGUGUACGACAAUAACACCUGGAGGCGUUGCUAGUACGACCCCCGUGGGAGAUAAGGUUAUUAUUAAUGCUCAAGAAGAAACAUUGGGAGUGAAAGAGGAGCCUGUGCAAAUCCAAAUUGACGAACAAUCGCAAUUAACUAUCAAAACAGCCCAAAACAAAAUGCUGGCCGAUCUACUCGAAAAAAAGUCUAACCCUCCAGUUCAAGUCGUCCAAAUGACGCCCCAAAUUAACGCGCCCACCAUACAAAUAACCGAGACUGGUCAAAUUGUCCAAGUUAAGUCCGACCCCAAUCCGGUCAUCCAAAUAAACGACCAAGGGGUCAUUCAACCCAGCAGCCAGUACUUUCAAAUAAAGAACGAACAAGGGCAAAUAAUUCAAAUAAAGAACGACCAAGGACAGAUCAUUCAGUUGAAAAGCGAACAGAUUCAGGCGCCUAUCGUGUAUAAGAACGAUCAGAUCGUGAUUAAAAACGAUGUGCCGGCGCUGGUGAAAUGCGAGAAAGAUAUAGUCGAUACGGUGGUGACUGACCAUUCGUAUACUGAACCGCCAGCUAAGAAGGUUAAAGUGGAGGAGAAAAGAGAGAAUACACCCCAAGAAAGUGUCUCAAAAACCGCAGCCAAUCUCUACGCGGCCCUCGCAGCGUCCGCGCUCGAAGAUGAAGAGGAUUUGGUAAGGAAACACGCUGCACCUCCCAAACAAGAGCCGGUGGAGGUGAUCCAACCACCGGUGCUGGUGGCAGGCUCUGACAACCCGGUUAUUAUACAGGAGCCCAUAUUGCAGGUACAACAACCUACAAUGCAAGUACAACAGCCCACUUUACAAGUACAGGCGCCUACAUUACAGGUACAACAGCCGAUGUUGCAAGUGCAGCCGAUGGAUGUUCAGAACAUCAUCGCAUCGCAAUCCGGACAGAUUAUUUUACAAGAGAAAACAAUCUCCUCACAGCCGACGCAGUUUGUUCAGCAGCCAAUGCAACUUAUCGCCACUCCUAGCACUUCGCAAGGAGGGCUAAGUUACAUAGCUCAGAACAUACCCGGCAACAUGAUGCAGAAAACCAUCAUAAUAGUCCAAGGCCCCACUGGAGGGGGGCCACUUACUUUGACGGUCAACAACCCAGCUGGCUUGGACGAGGCGACGCUAAGCAGCCUUAUUACCCAGGCAACAGAGGCCAUUUCUCAACAGCAAAUCAUACAGAACUCUGGCGUGAUACAAUCGACUCAGAGGGUGAUAGUGAGUCAGCCGACGCUUGUGAGCACAUCACAGCCAAUCACAGUGGUGAAAACGGCCAUCGCACAGAACACUCCCCAAAUAACGCCAAGUCAACAGCCAAUCAUAACGACGCAACCACAACCCCACAAGGCUCAGAUCGUGAACCAGCCGCAACAGCAGAUUGUGGUCACGCAGAAGCAACCACCUGCCCUGAUUGGCACCUCGUCUGGCAACCAGAUCAUACAGGGGAACCAGCAGAUUAUACAAGGCAACCAACAACUGCUCCAAGGGAAUCAGCAAAUCAUCGCAGUUUCCAACAACCAACAAAUCAUAAUGAACACCCCUAUCAAACAGACCGUACACAGGGUGGUGCAACCUCAGAGGAAUCAGACCCAACCUGCGACUCAGGCGCAAGAGACUAAACAGAGUGUUAUACAGAGCAGUGGGAAACCACAGCCUCAAAUGCGGCAAGUGAUCACCCGUCAACCAGUGAUGGUUGGCAACACCAAGAUUGGUGAUAAAGAGCUCAUCGUCAACCAGCCUGUUACUGAGAAGCAGGUCGCGGCGGCCCCGAAGCCCCCCGCCACGCCGCCGCCGCCCCCUCUCGACGACACGCCCUGGAUCUGCCAUUGGAGGGGAUGCAACAAAUCGUUCGCGAACGCGGCGGAGGUGUUCUCGCACGCGGCGCGAACCCACUGCCCCGCGAGCGCCGCGGGCGAGGCGCCGUGCCAGUGGCUCGACUGCGACCGCGUGCCCAGGAAGACGUUCGCGCUGCUCAACCAUCUCACCGACAAACAUUGCACCGCGCACGCACUGAAAGCGAUAUACAAUUCCCGCCGUCACGCGGCGAGCGAAGCCGACGGCAACAAGCCGGUCUCGCUCGGGUACCCGCCCAACGCGGCGCUGGCGGCGCUCAACAAACACGCGGCUGACAUGUUCAACCCUAGGGAGCUGAUGCACCGCGCCGACAGCGCACGCACGGCGGAGCAGCUGGAUGAGAACGAAGGGCCGGUGACGAAAAGUAUACGGUUGACGGCGGCGCUGAUAUUGAGAAACAUCGUUAUUUAUUCUAAUACCGGACGGAGGCAACUUCGCUCAUACGAAUCUCACCUAUCGUCGAUUGCUCUAAGCAACGUGGAAGCUUCGCGAACGAUCGCUCAAGUGCUGUUCGAUAUGAACAACAUUUGAGAUACGAGCAACGGGCAUGGGCCCGGAUAAUAUCGUAGUUCUUCUCGGUACAAAUCCACUGAGGGAGUAACGCAGCAAGAAAAUUCAAAAAUUAAAAAAAAAUCUUUUUUUUUUUUAAAUAAGCAAACAUGUAUGGCAAGCUAAUUACACAUAAAGCCGGGUCUUCUGUACGUGCGUGCACAACUGAUGGGGUCUAAUAUAGUUCAGUUCAUUCAUUCAUAUGAUCACGUCUAUAUCCCUUGUGGGGUAGCAGCAGUCUUGAUAGACUGAUAGACCACGUUCAGGUUUAAUUUUAGAAUUCAGCUUCAAAUAGUGACAGGUUGCUAGCCUGCUAGCAUCGCUUAAAUGAAGAAUUCUUAAAUAAGCUUGGAAUUCUUCAUUUAAGUGGUCCUAUUUUUUUAUAUUGGUGCCGGAAACCACACGACACGUUGGUUCACAUAAUGCCUAUUUACUUUUUAUCGAACAUAAAACAUUAAAUAAAAUAUAAAUAUACGUUUUUUUAAUCGUUACACAAACAGUGUUGCAUUAGACCCGGCUUUUGGACAAAGAAUACUAAAGAAACUUUCUGAGUAUCGAAGGAUAGAAAAUCUAAUUUUUGGAAUUCGUUGGCCAGGUGUGUACGUAGCUUUAAAAGUUACAAUAAAACAACUGCCACUUAUUAAAAAAUCGUUUUUAGGACAAGGUACGAUAGCUUUUUUUAUUGAAUGUAAGUACUGACAAAUCUUUGUUUUGUGAAAAAAUGGUGUGAAAUGAUGUGUGCUUCAAUGUUUUUGUUAUUCGUAUUAAGAUUCCAUUUUCGAAGUUCAAAAGUAAUUGUUUUUCCGGUAUUACUUUAAUCCUUCAGUUCCUCAGAGGACCGUUAAAAAUUAAACCCUAUGUGUGUGCAAUAAGGUUUAAGAAAUGACACUGAAAGAAAAAUAAAAAGAGUGCUGAAAAUGCAUCUUAUGUUUGGAAAAGGGUAAAAUUUUCCGACUACUCCGCCGUCACCGGUCACCGUUUCUAGAUUGAGGGAAGAAAUGGAAAAAGUUUAAAUGCAAAUUAAUUCUAAGUUUCUUAUUUGGCUAAGUAAAAUAUUUCUUUGCUUUGGUAUUUUUUUUGUAUUCUAUGAAAGUACUUAGCGUUGCGUUCAUGACGAGUUCAUGAAAAACAGAUUGUGCUUUUGAUUUUUUGUUACAUUAUUUAAUUCGUUUUUAGUGUACAUGCUUGCUUUUAAUAUUUCUGUCUCUAUUUACCCAUCACUUUUGAAAAUGAGUUUCCAAUGAAUGAUAUCAUAGAAAACGGAAAAUGUAUUUGUCUUAUACAAUAGGAAUGCCAGUUUAUAUUUGAAACAAUAUGAAGGAUGUGUCGUGGUGUAUGAUUGCGCGCAGUUUUCCGCGCCGUUGUAAACCUGUCAAAUAUUUAUAAUUGAGAUCUCGGAUCACAACCAUUAGUUGUGAUGUCGCAUUCAACAGUAUUUAACACUUCUACGGUCUACAUUAUUAUGAAUUCUAUGUAAUGUUAAAAAACUUUUUGUGUUUAAGUAUAUAAAAGUUUGUAAAGUUAUUUUUAUUCCUAAUUGUCCCAUGUAGAGAAUCUAUACUUAAACUGUUUGUUUGUGAACUAAGUAACUGAUUAGUGUAAGAAAUAAUUCAUAACCAUAUAUAUAUUUUAUAUAGACUAGUUCUUGAACGAAUGUUUAAAUAUAGUGUUUAAUAUAAAUAAAUAAGAUUAAGUAACAGUGGACGUAGUAUAAAAGUAAAAA